AUGUUGCAGACCUCUAUGCGGGUCACCCUCCAAGAGUUCGACAAUGAAGCUGCCCCUGAGCUCGAUAUCGGUCCCUACUGUGUCCGAUCAUUCAUGGAUGAUAUAGCUCAGGGUGCAGAGACCAGCUGCGAUAGGGAUAUGUUGGCAGAUGGAGUUCAUCAAGUGGUUGUCAGAAACGGCUUCUCCGAGCAGGAAUCGAAGCGAUUGCAGAACAGAGUUAAUGGUACCGAGUUGUUGAUGCGGGCGGCUGUGCGUGCUGGCAAGACCAUGGACGACCCUCUUGCUCCUGAUCUCGUACGUCGAGAUUAUUUGCUACAAGAUGCUUACGCCAGAACGGUAUGGACACCGCGGAGUUUGGUAGACGAAGUCCUAACUGAGCAAGGUUCCGACCCCCACUGCAAGCAGAUCAGAAAGAUUCUGGCACAUCAGCCGGUAGAGCUCACGGCCACCGAGGUUAAGCGUAUACGACGAACAUAUAUCAUCGAUAAGGAUGGGAAUAUCUGCAGGUACCAUGCGGUUUGCGGGAGUCAAUACUAUGUUUCCUUGGCGAUGCGCUCGGUGGUAAUCAGCAUCUUGCACGACUUGUAUGCUCAUCCAGGGUCUAAUAAGCUCUACGGCAUAGUUCUCAAGCUCUACCAUCUAUACUGGCCCAAGAUGGUUCGCGACAUUCGGCAGGCCACCAUGUCCUGCGAGUGCCCGGACGACGUACCAAAACAUUGGGACGUGGACGCUGACAAAGCCUUUGCGAAGCUCAAGGCUGCUCUCAUCGGACUUCCUGGCUUGGCCUAUCCCGAUUUUCGGGAGCCAUUCCAGAUCUGUUGCGGUGCUUCCAACCAAGCUAUUGGCGGGGUCCUUGAACUGUUCAAGGGCGACCAUUCUGAUACGGUACAAGCAAGGGACGAAGAACAUCAAUGCCGAUGUACUCUCUCGACCUCAAUUGCCACGGCCAGACCCUAUCAAGGCCAGCAAUUCGAGAGUGCUCACUUCCGAGCUACCUUGGACGCUCUAGGUAUCUCUAAGUCUCGGACGACCAUCUACCAUUCAGCUGGUGACGGUUUGGUUGAACGACUUAACGGGACCAUCUUGUCGAUCUUGAGGAGACACUGUUGCAUCCCCGACUGGCCGACCCAUCUGCCGGCUCUUAUGUUCAAACGUGAGCCCCCGGCCGACUUUAUUCCUAUAACGUCUGCUUAUAGCUCACUGGUAUUUGAUACCGAGACGUACGGACAAUAUGUGGCUAGGGUGCGAGCUUACUUGGACGAUGAGGUCGACCAGGCUGUCACUCAUGCAGCAGCGAGGUACACGGCCUUCUACGAUCGCAAAGCCAAGCCCACGGCUUUCUUCCCGAACGCUAGAGUCUUUGUGCGUGUUCACGUCCCCAACAACAAGUUGGCCCCGAGGUGGGAAGGUGAUUGGUAUAUAGUGGACAUUAUUGGCUCACAAGACUCGGUAAGAGUGCUUCGUUUUAAACAUGCUGUCACUGGCGAGUUGGAGGUCAUCAACGUGGACCACGUUCGACUGGAUCCAGUUCAACCUCACCAACUGUCGGACGGUCUUCUACAGCGUGUGGAUCGAGAAGCCCCAGACCUACCACCUCUACCAGCCUUCAACCCUGAGGCAUCUCCUGCUCAUGCUCUACAUCCUCAGCGAACGAUGCCUCCUAGAUCAAUGCCUGACGAGGAAGAGUUCUCUAACGGUGUUCCGGGCAAUCCGCCGGUACCCGCUCGAUCUGUGGUACGACCGCCGAAUGGUCCGUCCGCACCUCCUGUCCCGUCUAGAUCACGGACGAGGCCUAUUUUUAUGUAG